AUGAUCUCUACAUCACUGACACCUCACAGGUACACCCACUACUGGAGUCUCGGUGACUGGGAUUCCCCCAAAUGGCAGGAGGCAUGGCCUCUACUCGUCGAUGACGUUCCCAAGAUUAUCAGAGCAGCCAACGUUGACCUUAGCGGCCCAACCGAUGACCCGGACGUUAUGACACCUGUGCUCGUGGAUAUCGAAAAGGGAAUCCAUCUCAACGGAGUAGAAUAUGAUUCCUAUGAGUCUUUCAUAAUCUCCAAAAAAGAUACCGGUGAGUUUAAUUUCUGCAAGACGGCAAGACGGCCCUAUGAUAUUGUCGUCACAUGCAUUCUUUUGAGAGCCUGGAUGCUGGCGCCAGAUGAUUUCCGUCCCAGGCGAGUUUCAUCCCCGUUUAAAUGCACCUCCGAUGGUGAUACGGAGGAGUGGGGCCCGGCGCGUGACCUUCAUAAAAGCCUUUGGCCUGAGGAUUAUGUCGAUGAGCCUUGGACAAAAGAAGAUGCAGAGUGA